AUGGAUGAUUGUCGACGAAAAGUGUCAACAAACAAAUUUUCGUUUUCUUCACAAGAAAUUCGAAAUAUCAUAAGUGGUAUUUUAAACCUGGAAUUUUCAGAUGGUGGUAAAAAAGAAGAAAAAGUUCCUGAUCACACAAAGGUUAAUCAAGCUUUAUUUUCAACUAGUAGUCGUACUGAAGAUGAACGAACGAAUGGAACAAAUACAUAUAAAGCUACACAAGGAUUAUCUUUACUUGUGUCUGAUUCAAGCGAUACAAUAAAAGCAACAGCAACAAUGGCGUAUACAGGAUUUUUAGCGUUAUGGGCAAACUUCGCAAGUCAACAACCAGAUCAAAUUGUCGAUAAAAUUAUACAAUUAUAUUCCCAAGAUAGUAUUGAUCGAGAACGAACUGCAUCAAUAUUUCGUAAUAUACCAACAGCAACUACUCAACAAGGAAAAAAGCGUCACAUAAUGAUCAGCUAUAAUCGUUCGUCGACGAAAAUGGUACGAAAAAUUUACAAUCGUCUUUUAGAGAAUAAAUAUAUAGUAUGGAUGGAUAAAGUUAACAUGGGCGACGAUAUACUUGUGAGUAUGGCUAAUGCUGUUGAAAACUCGUACAUCGUAUUACUUUGCAUUAAUCAACAUUAUUAUGAGAGUCACUACUGUCGAUUAGAAGUUGAAUAUGCAGCUGAAAAACGAAUAAAGUUUAUUCCAUGCUUGAUGGAAAAAUCAUUUCGUGCGGAGAGCUGGCUGGGUAUUAUCAAAGGUUCAUCGCUUCACGUUGAUUUCUCUUCAAAUGCUGAAUUCAAUGGAUCAUCUAACGAAUUAAUUAGAUUAAUCACAAACAUCGCAAAACAAUUAUGCUUGAAUCCUCGUCGAACUCCCACUCCUUGUCGUUCUCCUGAUGCACUACGAUUUAUAGCAAUUUCUCCAUCACAUGCAGGCAGCUCAACAUGCGCCCAUCGUCAAUUUGCUAAUCGUGUCGAAUCAAUUAUUGAACAAUACAAGAGAACUAUAGGCAAGGAGCAUCAUCCAAUGAAACACCUGAAGACCCGUGAAUUAUUGCAGCUGAUUGAGAUCUUGAGACAACCAGCACCAACGAACAAAUCAAUCUCAUCAUACUGCAGCUAUCAAUCAGAAGGAGACUCGAAAGUGAUAAACGCUGAUCGUCAAUCGUUGGAAAAAAUUUGUAAUCGUAUAUUGGACCAAAAUGAACGUUUAAUAAAUAUAGUUUUAAUUAUGAUGGGAAUUUUUGUUUUAUCUGUAUUUUUUGUACAAAGAAACAAUACACUGUGA